AUGCCCCCGAAGCGGGAAAUGGGGGCUAGCCAAGAUCACACCAUCACAGCCAAUACCAGCAACACUUCGGGAAACCCUUGCCGUGGAAUCAAUGCGCAGCUUUGCGUCAGGGAGCAACAGCCACAAGUCGCCGCGGGAGAAAAUAUUGGUCCUGGCAGCUGCAGAAACUCCGUGUGCUACGAAGCCCAUCUGGAGUUAGCGGGAGAGCUGCUUGCGCGCGGCGGGUUCGAAAGGUGCACUGAGAUUUGCGGGCACAUACUCAGAACGCACGACGCCAACGACAUGGAGGCCUUGUUUUCUCUUGCGCAAGCUCUGGAAGCGUUGGGGCGUUCCGAAGAGGCGCUUAAGUAUGCCAGAGCGGCGGAGUCACUUAAAGCUGCCGCCUCCGAAGGUUGA